CGCCCAGCCUUCGAGGCAUGGGAAGGGAAUGAAGUCGAAUGCUGAGGAACCACCCGUGCCAGGUUGAACCCAGGGAUGAAAAUCCACGUGUCGAAAUCGUCAAACAUCUGUUGAACACGUGUCGAAUGGGCGUUCGCCUGGAAUGACGAAGGCGGGGCUUCUGGUUCGUAGCGCUUUGAGCCGCGUGUCAGCAGCCGAUUGUUGAAAGCGUGCGUCAAAGCCUUGGUGCCGGAGGCGAUUGUCGACUAAGAGCUUAGAAUGAAGGCGAAGGCGAGGCUCCUCGGUCGCAGCGGCAGCAAGAAGCGGCUCGUCGUGCCGCCGCCGACGGCCGCGGCGGAUGGCGCGGGGGACGCGGGGAAGGCGGAGGAGAGGGGGAAGGAGGCGGAGCGGGAGGAGGGGCGCGAGCGGGAGCGCGACCGCGGGCUGCUGGGCGUGCGGCGGAACAAGGGCGCUGGCGCGCGGUCGUGGCUGCGGAUCGACCAAUCAGGGCAGACGCAGGUGAUCGAGGCCGACAAGUACGCCAUCAUGCGGCGCUGCUCCAUCCCAGCGCGCGACCUGCGCAUUCUCGACCCGCUGCUGUCGUACCCCUCCACGCUGCUGGGGCGAGAACGAGCCAUCGUUGUAAAUCUGGAGCAUAUCAAGUGCAUCAUAAUGGCGGAGGAGGUGCUGCUGCUCAACUGGCGCAACUUCCAGGUGGCCAAGGUGGUGGAGGAGCUCAAAGCCCGCCUGCCAGCUCACCUCAACGCGGCAGGCCAGCAGGUGCUAGGCCAUGAGGGCAGCGGCCUCUCCCCCUCCCACCUCAUUCCUGCCCUCACUCUCUCGCCUCCUGCCCCCACCGCUCCCGCUCCUGCACCCACUGCCGCUGCUGCCACAUCAGCAGCUGUCACCUCAUCAGCUGCCACCUCAUCAGCUGUCACCUCAGCAGCUGCCACAUCACCACCCUUUGCCCCUGCAACAACCGUCCCUCUCCUCCCCUUUCCUCCCCCUCCACCUUCCUCUGCUGCCAUCGUUGCCAAUCUUGCUGCUGCUACAGCACCAGGCGCACCUACACUCACACCACCACCCACAGCACCACCCACAGCACCACCACCAGCACCUCCGGCAGCAGCGGCAGCAAUAGCAGGAGCAGAGGGCGUGGAGGGAGCGCCGCUGCUGGAAGCGUCGGCCAUGGCAUGGCGGGGGCCCAACGCGCUGCCGUUUGAGUUCCGCGCGCUGGAAGUGUGCCUGGAGGCAGCAUGCGGUACCUUGGAUGCUGAGACCACCCGAGUUGAGCAGGAGGCGUACCCAGCGCUGGACGAGCUCACAGCGUCCGUCUCCACGCUCAACCUGGAGAGGGUGCGCCAGAUCAAGAGCCGCCUCGUCGUCAUCUCCGGCCGUGUGCAGAAGGUACGAGACGAGCUAGAGCAGCUGCUGGACGACGACGAGGACAUGGACGAGAUGUACCUGACGGACAAGCUGCUGCAGCAGAGGCAGGCCGCCAUGGAGCAGCAGCAGGAGCAGGAGGAGAUGGCAGAGGAGGAGGAGCGGCAGCGCCUCUUGCUCCUGCAGCAGCAGCAGCAGCAGCAGCAGCACGUGCAUGGGAAGGGAGAGGAGCAGUUCAGUUUUGGCAUGGCGGCUCAUGCUGCUUUCUCUGCACCGGAUUUGGAUGGGAUGCCUUCUGAUGGAGAAGGCUCGGAAGGUGCAGGUUCGGAAAGAGCAGGUUCGGAUGGUGCAGGUUCGGAAAGAGCAGGUUCGGAGGAUGCAGGUUCAGAAGGUGUAGGUUCGGAACGUGUGGGGUCAGAUGGACAGGAAGUGCCGAUACUAGCUGUUGGUCAACCUGCACGUGCGAGCACAGCAUUGCAUCGCCCUCCCUCUCCUCCACUCCCCCGCCUCCCCCACCUCUCCAUCUCUACUGCCAGGGGCCGCUCCCACUCUCACUCCCACUCCCACUCCCGUGCUCACUCCCACUCACACUCGCACUCUCACCACCACGGCCACCACGAGCUGUCAGCGCACUCCCUCCCCAGCGUCGCCGAGCAUGGGGCAGACACAGCUGCCAGGGGUAGGGGUGGUGAGGAGGGGUCCGGAUCCGAAGGGGGGAGUGGUAGUAAAGGAAGCAGAGGCAGCCGCAGUCACAGCCACAGUCACAGUCGCAGCCAUAGCCGCGGCAGCGGCAAGAGCGGGAGCAGCAAGAGCGGGAGCAGCAGCAGUAGCAGCAGCAGCAGCAGUCGCAGCAGUGGCAGCAAGAAGUGGGAUGUGGAGGAGCUGGAGAUGCUGCUGGAGGCUUACUUUGUGCAGAUCGAAGGCACCCUCAACAAGCUGUCAUCGCUGCGGGAGUACGUGGAGGACACAGAGGACUACAUCAACAUAAUGCUCGACGAGAAGCAGAACAGCUUGCUUCAAAUGAACGUACUUCUAACGACGGCAACACUGUUCAUUUCCUUUUUCAUCGUUGUCACGGGGGUCUUCGGAAUGAACAUCGACUGCUCCUACUUCGACCCCGAGAACCCCUCCAACUACAAUGUGUUCUACUAUGUGGUGAUUGGGAGCACUGUAGCGUGCAUUGCAUCGUUCAUCUUGUCUGUGGUGUACAUGCGCAGCAGAGGGCUCAUUGUGCCAUCUGCAUGAAAUGGUUGAACUCCUUUGUUUAAAGCGUACGUUCUAUCAUAGUAAGG